GAUCUUUGACGUCAGUGGGGCUUUAAAAGACGUGUUCACGGGGGACAGAGUCAGAAGCUGCUGCGACCCUCCGACUCGGACAGACACAGACAAGUGAUGAAGAUGGUCUCCUCCUCGCGCCUCCGCUGCCUCCUCCUCCUCCUUCUCUCCCUCACUGCCUCCAUCAGCGACUCCUCCGCCGCACAGAGAGACUCUAAACUCCGCCUGUUGCUGCACCGGACCCCGCCGCUGGUCUCCAAACAGGUCCGACACACACACACACACACACACACACACACACACACACACACACUUUUAAUGGAAUUAUCAAACUUCUACUUUUUUCUUCUAUGGUUAAUUCCACAGCUUCAGAUUUGUCAUAUUCAUCUGCUGCUCUUUAAAAGUUAUUUAUUCAUAUUCUGUGUUUUUAGGGAUACAUUUAGAUCAUAUCUCAAUAUAAAGUCCCGUUCAAGAGUCAGAAUUUGAAAUAAGACUGAAUGAAUGAUCUUUUUGUAUCUGGACUGUUUCAUUAUUUAGUAAGACAUUUAUCUUUUUAAAAUGAAAGUGAAAAAUUGUUCUUGGGAGAUGCAUAACAUGUUUUAUGAACUUUCAUGGAUUCAUGUCAGAAUCACAUCUGUCAUAUGUUCAAACCUCUAAGGUAUGUUUACAAUCUGUCUAACUGGAAGAAACUGUCUUUUUAAAAAGACCUAAAAGGUUCUCAUUUAAAAAUAAAAUGUCACAUUUUACAGACAGUGAUCAAACAGGCAACCCAAAAGGACAGUUUUUACUGUGGUCCUUUCAGAGGUUAGUAUCAGUCAGGCAGCUGUGAACACAAAUAAAACAUUUAUGGCAUAAACUGAAUCAUUCACUGAUAAACAGGUGGAUGGAUGGAAUCAGCAUGAAACUUUAUUAAAACUGAAAACAGCUGCAAAGAGACUAAAGGUUCAGAUGGUCAGCAAUGAAAAUGAUGAAGAUGAUUUUAUCUGAGAGAGACGAAAGGUGAUGAGGAGUUCAGAUGGUCACCGAUGAAAAUGAUAAAGAUGGAGAUGACUUUUCUGACAGACAGAAAAAAACAUAAUUUUCUCUUUAUUUUUAAUUUAUGUUAAAAUGUAACCCUUUAAAUAACCCUCAAAGCGUUUAUUACUCCUGGGUCUCGUCUGUCAGGCUUCGUUCCUUCUUUGUCCUUUUUUUUUUUUUUUUUUUUUUUUUUUAGGAGACCUGCAGACAGAAGUUAAAACACCCACACUUUCCUUCCCUGAGGAUUUAAUAAAAACCAGAAUAUUAGGUCUGGUUUUUGAAAGUCAGUAUUUUCUACAAGGUAGGGAAGUGGUAAUAAGUCUGCCUUUGCCAUAAGUAAAAGUCUCUUACAGAAACAAAUUGAAUAAUCCAAAAUUAAUAAUCUCUCAGCUCCUGAAACAGAAAUUUGCACUCUCACAGUUCAAAUAGAGCAGAAACCAGCUGAAGUCUGAAAGUCAACGGUAAAAGAUACAUGGUGGCCAUUAGCAGAGCGAGCUCCACCAGCCUUCAGUCCCCUUUCAGAUUUAGGUCCUGGUGCCUGUUUUUGGUUCUUCAAUGCUCUGGUGGAGUGGUUAUGGGUGAGUUUAACAGAUCAAUAUAACGAUAAACCAUGCUGUGCUAACUGAUACCAUUUGUCAUCUGUGCCUCUUACCAUCCCGGUAAUACAGAUUUAUAGAGCUACAGCAGAGGCCUUUAAAUAGAGCUGUUAACAACAUUUAAACCAGUUAUUCUGCUGAGUGUUUAAAGUUCAUCCUUUUAUUAUCAGUUAAAAAGGGGAGCAGACUUCUAAACAACAAUGCAAGUGCAGGUUUUUCAUUGUGUUUCUGUAUCUAACCUGAAGGUAGUGCCCAAGAAACAUGCCUUAGCGUGCAGAGCAUGCUGGGUACGUAGUGAUGGGGGACCAGUGUAGCAGCGUCUUAUUAACGCUUUUCUGGUCCUGGGUCAAGGUUUCAAGAAACAGCUACACAACAUUUCCGACAUGCUGGACUUUCCAGUGGGAGGUUUUAAGGUGUGGUCUUGGUUGUUUUUCACUUUGACACACUACAUGAGAUUAAGCAAAGGCUGAUGGAUCACAACUCUGGUCUACUAGAUCGUGCCAGAACCACAGACAUUGCUUGUCUCGCCAUGUUGGAAAUGCUGACUGAAUUAAACAUUGGUCAGACUUCCAGAGUCGAGCCUUUGGUCUCCUCGCACAUAGCUGCAGUGUUCCUGCCUGUCAGUCAAAUCAGUGGUGCAUCUGAUUUGUCAAUCUCAUGACCAUGGUAUCUUCAAAACAGUUGCAUUAAAAAAGCCUCUAGUGGACACUUGGGGAACUGCAAUUUUUUGCUAGAAUCUGGUUCAAAAGUAUUCUAACCCUAGCAUUGGCCGCCAUGACCUUGGUACAUAAAACCCAGGCCCUUGUCCCUUUCUUGUUUUAAUGCCAGGAUCACCUUUUAUUGAACUAGUUGGGGGUUUUAUUUUAGUUUCUUUUUACUUUGAUUUAAUUUCAUUCAUGUUUAUGAUUUCUUAAAUUUCAUUUAUGUUACUUAAGAUUUUAACCUAACCUUCCAGUGUUUCCUCAUAUUGAAUUAUAAGAUUGAUUGAUUGAUUGAUUGAUUGAUUGCUGAAAAGAAGAGGGAUUUCCUCUGAAAGACUGUCCCUCACAUGUCAAAUUAACACAGUUUGUGAUGUGACUUUUGGACCAGAACCUAUGUUAGCUGUCGGGUUUCUUGCACUGACUGGAUUAUCAAACAGACCAGAGACCCGUUUAUAUUUAGUCACCCUGGUUUAAUUUCUAGUUUAGCUCAAACUCAAAGCAGUGGAGUUUCACUCUGACUAACGUUGGUCCUGUUUUCUUCUCUCUUUGAUCAGGACAUGUCUCAGGCCACGUUGGCAGAGCUGCUCCUCUCCGACCUCCUGCAGGUGGAGAAUGAGGCGAUGGAGGAGGUGGAGAGCUUCCCUCUGAGUGACGGCAAACUUGAAGACGUCCGUGUGGAUCUGGAACGAGCAGCUGGCAGUGAGCCACUGCUCGCCCCCCGAGAGAGAAAGGCCGGCUGCAAGAACUUCUUCUGGAAGACAUUCACCUCGUGCUGAGUGUCCGUCCAUCUUCCAGAUGCUGUACAGACUUUUCUCUGCUGAUCCACGCUGAAUGUAAACAUCAUCAAACUAUUUUUAAUUGUUGUUUGAAUAAAAUCUGUUUGAGACAAACGCUGGCUGCGUCUGCUGAUGGAGAAAGAGGAGAAGAGCAAAUGAAAGAG